AUCCUGCCUGGGAGUGUCGAGUCCCGCGAAUCAUAGGAGCCUGUGGAUCCUUGUCAAGCGAUCAGCGAUUUUCAUGGAUGGCCCAUCAGAUAUCAUGCGACCGGGAGGUCCGCCGUCCUCGGACUCGGCAUCCAUCUCAUCCUUCAGCCAGAUCGAGGGCUUCGUGAAGCCCGACCGAAUCCUGGAGUACACAAGGUUCGGACCAUGGAAAAACUACAGUCGAAUCACGACCCUGGAGAAAGCUUUCCUGGGCGCUUGGUACAUCGCGCUUCUUCUGAGUCUCGGCUUGACAUUCUAUAAACUCGCUACUUCUACCUCUGGGAAUCCGGAUACAACGACCUAUGGAGCGAUUCUCAUCAUCGCAGCCCUUUUCAGCUUUUUCUACGUCACGACCGGCGUUCACCAGGAGCAACCCCACGAAAUGAUUGCGCUUUGCAUCACCAACGGGAUCGUUCUCGGCUACGUCGUGAUCAAUUUCGUCAACAGCCGGGCACGACACGGCGGUAAAAUCGAUGAGAUGAAGCUUGCUCGUCUAGUAUUUACCAGUGUAUUCUCUGCGCUCUUCUUGCCUCUGUCAUUGUACCUCGCGCGGAGAUAUUGGACUCACAAAACACUCAUCACCUUCGCCGUAGGCUCGAUAAAUCCUGAGACUCAAGCCAUGGCCCAAGUUUUAUUCAUGUUCCUUUCCGCCCUCACCUUCGACUUGCAGCUACAGUUGAAUUUCUUGAUUCUCGUGAUGCGGCAAGGCUUCGAGAGCGCGAACCUCACCCAGGCACUCAUCCUCAUCUCUGGAAUCUUGAUACUGAUCAUGUGGACGAUGGUAGGCCGCUUUGCGGCUCGCAGAGAAUGCAAAAACAUGCUCCUGGGCUUCGUGAUUCUUUCCUUUCCCAACCUCAUCUACGCUGUUUUCGCAUACGUCACCCUCGCGAAAACCAAGACCAACCCUGAAAUGUUCAGUUUCACCCUUCUCUGCGGAGGCAGCGCGGUCCUCAUGAGGAUGCUGAUUUUCGUGCUGACGUACUUACUGUAUAGAAAUUUCGGGAAAGGCUUGAAAGACAGCAUUUUCCAAUGGCAUCUCCCCGCCGAAGAGAUCGCUCGGAGACGGAGAUCUACUUUCGCUCAGGUCUCAACGGUCAAUACGGCUGUUGAUGAUAACUGAGGAGGAUUUCCGAUGAAGUUCGAGGUUCCCCUCUCACGAAGCCCCUCAUACUCACCCCGAUCCAGUGUCAUCCGUCUGAACUGCCGACGCUUUACAGAUCUUCCGGGUCACAAGUCCACAGGUUUCUUUUUCCUAGCGUCACGGGCUGUAGCCAAGUCUGCCUUCCCGAAGCUCGGGUUGGUCCAGAACCCGAGCCGUUUUACAUACAACCGGAUGGAACACUCCGUUCGUCCUCAGCCUGGUCACUCCCCGGAUCUCCCCCUUGAGUACUCAGCCUUGAUCGCUAUACCGAACUCUGUUUAAUCGAAGGGAGUGCCGGUCUACUUUCUCCCAACCUCCGGAGGAAGAUCCGCCAAUUGAUCAAGGAGUGCCUCUUGACUUUCCAGCUUUGUAUUAUGUACUAGCGCUCCCGAUCGCCGCUUCGCGGCGACUCGGUAUCGCUAGACUCACUACACAUGCGCUGGCUCCCGUUUCCCCGCUUCCCCGUUUCCCCCCUUUCCCGUUUCCCGCCUUUGCCGUUCAUCCCUUUCCCGUUUCCCCCCUUUCCCGUUUCCCUGCUUUCCCGUUUCCCGUCUCCCCACUUUUAUUCCAUAUGUCCAUCGGAA